AUGUCUUGUUGUGGAAGCCAAAAAUCCUGUUGUCCUCCUUCUUCAUCAUCACCAAUGGAAAAUACACCUAAACAAACAACUGCUUCAUGUUGUUCAACCAACAAUCAAUCUUCAUCAUCAUCAUCGGAUAAUCAUAAUUUAAUUAGUGAAAAUACAACAGGAGUAUCCUAUACAAAUUCCAAUGCAGUUUAUGAAUCUGUGAAGGAAUAUUACGGAAAAGUCUUGUCUACUACUAAAGAUUUGAAAACUUCUGCAUGCACUUCAAGUGGAGCACCUCAUCCGAUUAUGAAAGCUUUACUUGCUAAAAUUCCAGAUGAAGUAUUGAGUAAAUAUUAUGGAUGUGGGUCACCAUUGCCAUUGGCUGGCAUUUCUGGAUUAACUGUCUUGGAUUUGGGUUGUGGAAGUGGAAGAGAUGUCUAUUUGGCAAGUAUGCUUUGUGGAAAGGGAGGAAAAGCUAUUGGAGUUGAUAUGACUGAUGAGCAAUUGCAAGUUGCAAGGGACAAUGUUGUAAAGUUGCAAGAAAAUUUUGGAGCUGACAAUUUGGCAACUCUGGAAUUCAAAAAGGGAUUUAUUGAAGAUUUGAAAGGUGCUGGAAUUGAGGAAAAUUCUGUUGAUAUUGUCAUUUCUAAUUGUGUUGUGAAUUUGUCACCAGAUAAGGCUUCCGUUUUGAAAGGUGUUUACAAUAGCUUGAGAUUUGGAGGAGAGUUUGUAUUUUCUGAUGUUUAUUGUGAUCGUCGUUUGCCAUCUGACGUUCGUUCUCAUGAAUUACUCUUUGGAGAAUGUAUUGCUGGAGCAUUGUACACAAAUGACUUUUUAGCACUCUGUAAGAAGGUUGGAUUCGAUGAUCCAAGAGAAUUGACAAGAAGUGAAAUUGUUAUUCAUGAUUUGAAAUUGAAGGAAAUUCUUGGAAAUGCCAAAUUCUAUUCCAUCACUUAUCGUUUAUUCAAAUUGAAUGAUUUGGAACCACAAUGUGAAGAUUAUGGACAAAUUGCAAUUUAUAGAGGAGGCUCAGAAGUUGAUCAUGUCUACAAGCAUGCUUACACCUUAGAUGCUGGACAUGUCUUUGAGAGAAAUAGACCAGUUCUCGUUUGUGGAAAUACUGCCAGUAUGUUAUCCAAACCAUCUUGGUUAGGUCCUUAUUUCCAAAUUAUUGGUGAUAUGAGUACACAUUAUGGAGCUUUUGAUUGUUCUAAGGGUCCAUCAACUUCUCAACAACCUUCAACUGCCAAUAGUUGUUCACCAAGCUCAUGUAGUGGUAGUUCUUGUUGUUAA